AACCACAUAAAUAAAUGCCUCUGAAAAUAUCGAUACGAUGUCUAAACGAAGCGGAGGCAGCGAUUAGUACGUCGGGCCGCUUUGUGUCGCUGUCGUUGUGUGGGUGGGAUGAAGAGGGGGCCAGGCCAGUAGGAGCGGACGCGCUAAUUACGUCAUAAGAAUCAAAGAAAAUUCAAGGUCUGCGCCACAGCCACAGAGCCCAAACCAAAGGCUAUUCGGUUUCGUUACGUUUCUCGGUUUUUAUCAAAAAUAAAACUUUUCGGCAGAAGAGCCAGUCAAAAGCAACAACAACAACAAGUACACACUGGUACUGGGACUGGUGCUGGUGAUGUACGAUGCGUGCGGCAUAGAAGCUACAGAAAACCCACCACCCUGACCCCGAGCGCCAGCAUACGAUACACAUACACACACACACACAUGUACACAGAGGGCGAAAAGAAUAUUGUACAUAAUUUAUAAUUAAAAAAGUAAACGACGAAAAUAACAACAACACGAGCGAUCAGCAGCAGCAGUAGCAGCAGCAAAAUAGAAAAGACAAUAAAAAAUACAAAUCAAUAAAGAGCGGCAAACUCACGGCGAUAAAAGAGUGUUAUCAGUGUGAACGAACGACAACGCAAAACAGAUAGGAAGCAGACGUAAAGUGGCCGGAGACUCUUGUGGCCAUCGGCCGCGGGCAGCGCUCCUCCUCUUCACUGUUGUUUGCCGCGCAGUGACGCAGGCAUACGGCGGUGCGGUAGAUCAGCGAUAUCAGGAGAUAUCAAAGCUUUUACCAUGUCUGUGCAGCAGUUCUGCCUGCGGUGGAACAAUCACCAGCCGAACUUCAUAUCGGUGUGCUCCUCGCUGCUGCACAAUGGCACCCUGGUGGAUGUCACCCUGGCCGCCGAGGGCCGUCAGCUGCAGGCCCAUAAAAUAGUACUGUCUGCGUGCAGUUCGUACUUUCAGGCUCUAUUCACGACGAAUCCAUGCCAGCAUCCGAUCGUUAUACUGAAAGAUGUUCAAUAUGAUGAUCUCAAGACGAUGGUGGACUUUAUGUAUUACGGGGAGGUGAACGUGUCGCAGGAGCAGCUGCCGCACAUACUCAAGACGGCGGAGAUGCUCAAGAUCAAGGGCCUGGCCGAAAUGCCAACGGACCCGGCCAAUCUCACCAAAUCGGACAGCAAAUCAUCGACCGACGGCACAGAGCUGGUAGGUGGCGCUGGCUCCGGUGUGGCGGGAGCAGGAGGUACUUCCGCGGGCAGCCUGGGCGCUGCCAGUGGCAGCAGUGUGGGCGAUUCGCUCUGGAGCAGCAGCGAGGCGCAGCAGUUCCAGCAGCAGCAGCAACAACAACAGCAGGCCCAGCAACAGCAGCAGCAUCAUCACCACCAGCAGCAGCAACACCAGCUCCAACAGCAGCAGGCGCAGCAACAACAGCAGCAGGCGCAACAACAGCAGCAGCAGCAACACCAUCAUCAUCACCACCAGCAUCAGCAGCAGCAGCAGCAACAACAGCAGGGCGGACAGACGCAGGCGCCGCAGACGCAUCACCAUCAAAUGAGACGAACCCCCUCGCCGCUGAGCGCUGGCACCUCCCCAGCCACGCGGCGCAAGAGGCUGCGCAAAUCCUCGAAUAACGGUGAGUCCGAGUUGGGCUCUGGCGAACGCAACAACGCGGAGGAGCAGCACAACAGUUCUUUGGACGCCGGAAGUGCCGCUGCUAAUGCGGGCCUCAGUCUCGCCCAGAUGAGCCAAAUGUCAUUUGGCGGGGCGGCCAAUACGGCAGCUGCAUUGGGCAGUCUGGCCGGCCAUUCGCUGCACGCGGCCAAGCUGCUGAAGGAGUCGGCGAGCAGUGAGCUGGAGCAACAGCCGCAGGACUCGGAUCUGGACGACGGACACGGACACUUACAUAUGCAAAUUAAGCCCGAAGUGGAUAUCGGCGGAGUGAACCAAACGAUGCCCCUGGACAUUUCCGGCGCCACCACACCAUCCGAGCACGAUGCGCCAAACUCUCAGUCCUCGCACUCGGGUCUGCAAUGGACAGUUGUCGAUUCAAACUAUCCGCGCUUUUCCCUGCCCGCCUGCCAGUCCAACUUGAUUGGGAAUGGCAGCAGUGGCGGAGGCGGCGCCGGUGGCGGUGCCGGCAAUCAGAGCAGUGCGAAUAGUAGCGCCGGCGGCGGCAACGUAGGCGGUGGCGGCACCAACGAGCAGCGUCAGCAGCAACAGCACGAGGCACAGCAGCAGGCCACCCAGCAGCAGCAUCUGCAGCAAUUGCACUACCAGCAGCAGCAGCAACAGCAGCAGCAGGAGCAAGCGGCGGCGGCUGCCUCCGGUCAGGCGUACUCCUCCCAGAUCAUAACCGUCAACAACCUAGUCAGCGGAUAUGCGACGGCGGCCCAGAACCUAUCCCCCACCUCGCCCAACGAGUCCAAUAUGGUCCAGUCUGUCUACAGUCAGGGUCCCACUCCCACCCAGUCGCCGGUGCAUUCUGGUGUGACCGCGGCAGGCGCAGGCGGUGCAAGCGGAGGCACAGGAAGUGGCGGUGGCGGUGCCAACAGCAGUGGAGCGGCCAGCCAGGUGGUGAAGCGUAAGCGAUCGGUGAAUCCGCAAGGCGAUGAGAACUUUAUAAGGGCUCUGGAGGCGGUGCGCACGGGAGGAAUUGGCUUCUGCAAGGCGGCACGACUGUACGGCGUGAACAAUCGAACGCUGUGGCUCGAGUACAAGAAACGGGGCUACCCGGUGUCGCGGCCGAGCAUAAAGGCGCGCGUGGUCAAGCAGGAGCCGAACCUCUCGCCGUCGCCAACACCAUCUACGAAUCCGGGCGACGACACAACGAAUGAGACGCUCAAUAUGCAGAUACCACCGCAGGCGGAAACCCCGACACCAUCCCUGAUGUGCACUCCUCACCACGGCAGCAUCGGCAGCAGUGCGGGCACCUUGCCCAGCGGCGGCAACUCCCAUCCGGCCAUCGGGGUGAUGAGCCUCUUCGAUGCACGCUACAUGGACUCGCCGGGAAAUGUACACACCAUGUCUCGGCAGCGGUAUAUCGACGCCACAGGCACUGGGGCGGGAGCAGCUGGAACGGGUGCGGGCACCAUCAAUGUCAAUCCGACCACUGCAAUGAAUCUACAGAGUAUUAACUUUAACUCAAUAUAGAAUACGAUUUCGAGUCAUAUGGGGGCCACAGCAGCAGCAGCAGCAGUAGGGGCAGGGACGGCCACUCUGCUGCAGGCAGCCGCUGUUAUGGCCGCCAACGAGCCCGAAGCAAUGAGCAUAUCAGCAAUGCCAAUGCCCGUUCCAGUGCCCGUCUCUGUUUCGGCCAUGGGCAUGGCCCACAGCUUUCUGAUUAACAAUUUCGUAACGGUGGCGGGACCACCAGUGGCCACGGUGAGCAGUACGCUUGGGCCGCUGGUAAACACCGGCCUGCAAUACAUGGAUAAACCAUAAAAUUUAAAGGGAUUAAGGGCGAUCCAGAUCCCGAUCCCCCCCCUCACCUCCCAAAAUCGAUACAAUACAGGUAUUAGAGAAAUGGCAGCAAAAUCCCUCUAGUGUAUAUAUAGCAGACCGCUAAAACGGCAGAGUGGCAAUAUCACAUAAUGUCGGGCGUUGGAACCCGCGGCAACCGUUGGAACCCACUGAAGGAUGCACUGCGCUGCGCUGAGCUGAGCUGAGACGAACGCAGAGCAGAGGCGGAGCAGAAACGAAGGCGGAGAAGGGAGACAACGGCCGCACUUGUAAUAAUUGUCAUAGAACGUAAUUCCUUAAGCUUAAAGUUUUACACCCAUACCCUCCCCCACACCCCCUUACAUUUUUACGAUUGUUAACUAAGGAAAAAAACAAGUAAUCGGUAGUACAGAUCCAUCUAUAUAGUUAUAUUAUAUAUAUAUGUAUAUGUAAAACAAACAAACAAAAAAUAUGAUAAUUGUACAUAAAUUAUGCAAUUUUAUUAGUCUUAAAAUCCGAACAUCCAACUGAAAGCGUCCUCCCAUGGGAUAGGUGCUGUGCCCAGUAGAGCCGAACAUACCCAUAUCCUUUCUGCGAAUACCCUGCUAAAACUAUUCAAUAUACGGGGAACAGCUUCAUUCCUCUUUCUAUAUUUUUUUUACAUAUUAACAAAUGAGAUUCAUUUUGUAUUAGAAAUUCCUUCGGUACAGGGGCGCUUGGUAUGGUUGGCUCUCUGGCGCAUCAGAGAUAAGUUUUCUUUCAACUUGUUGAAUGAAAUUUAACUUAGCACUUGUGUUACAGUAGCAAAUAUCAGUGUAUAGGUACUCCUAUAUCCAUUUACAUUAUAUAAUUGUAUAUAUAUACGAUAUAGCAUACAUUAGAUAUACAUACAAUAACGUUUUGUGUACAGUUGAGUGGCGAAAACAGAAUCAACACUAACGCAAGCGUCAGUCGGUCGGUCCCAGACAGAGAGGAUCUCUGCGAUCGGUGGAGACGUACCGUAUAAUAGUUCUAAGCAAAAUAAAUCCACAGUUUAUUGAACGAUAGAGAGAAGAGCAAAUGUAAGAGAAUCGGAUAUGUAUGAUAUACUUAAUAUGUACCACAACCACACCACUCAAUAUAUAUGUAUAUAUAUUUAUAUUUGUGAAUGUAA